GAGCGAUGAUGGCAGCAGGCGGCGGCUCGGCGGGACGAAGAACCCCGAAAACCUCGACUGACCUCUGAACCCUGAGACACACAACACGGUGUCAUGGACGACGUGGAUCCGUCUCCUUUGCGGCGUUUUGUCGUUGCGAAGCUUUCGAUCAGCUCCAUCUUUGAUCAGCUGCUGGACUUCGUGAAGGACGGCUCGGCAUUCGUUGAUGAGGCGUGGCGUAGUGAUGAGCUGGGUCAGGUUGCCGUGGAGGAGCAGAGUCUGGAGAUGCAGAGUUGUGCCACCAAGCUGGCGACGAUCAGAGAAAUCCUGCUGAGGAGACACAUGAAGGUGGCCUUCUUCGGCAGGACCAGUAACGGGAAGAGCACGGUGAUCAACGCCAUGCUGAAGGACCGCGUGCUGCCCAGCGGCAUCGGUCACACGACCAACUGCUUCCUGAGAGUCGAAGGAACCGACGGAGACGAGGCUUACCUCACCACCGAGGCGUCCAACGACAGGAGGAGCAUCAUGACAGUGAACCAGUUGGCUCAUGCUCUCCACAUGGAUCCCACUCUGGAUUCGGGGAGUCUGGUUAGAGUUUUGUGGCCUAAAAGUCGCUGCGCUCUGCUGAGAGACGACCUGGUGCUGAUGGACAGCCCCGGCACUGAUGUCACUCUGGAGUUGGACAGCUGGAUUGAUAAGUUCUGUCUGGACGCUGAUGUCUUCGUGUUGGUUGGAAACGCAGAAUCGACCCUGAUGAACACGGAGAAACUUUUCUUCCAUAAAGUCAGCGAACGAAUCUCUAAACCGAACAUCUUCAUCCUCCAUAACAGAUGGGACGCUUCAGUGACUGAACCUGAAUAUAUAGACGAGGUGAGGAAGCAGCACCUGGACCGCUGUGUGAGCUUCCUGGCGGAGGAGCUGAAGGUUGUGAGUCUGGACGAGGCGGCCGGUCGGAUCUUCUUCGUGUCGGCUAAAGAAGUUCUGAUCUCCAGGAUGCAGCGAGCGCAGGGCAUGCCUGAGACAGGUGAGACAGGGGGCGCUCUGGCUGAAGGUUUCCAGGAGAGACUGCGAGAGUUUCAGAGGUUUGAGAGAACGUUCGAGGAGUUCAUCUCUCAGUCUGCAGUGAAGACGAAGUUCGAGCAGCACACGGUGAGAGCGUGGCAGAUCAGCGAGGCCAUCAAAGCCGUGAUGGACGCCAUCAACAUCGCCUCUGCUGACAGGAAGAUCUGCUGUCUGGAGGAGCGCGAGGAGCAGAGGGACCGUCUGGACUUUGUUCGAGGACAGAUUAACCGUCUGACGGACAACGUCAAAGAGAAGAUCAAGACUCUGACUGAGGACGUCUGUGUUAAGGUUACCACGGCGAUGUCGGAUCAGAUCCACUCACUUCCUGUUCUGGUGGAGGAGUUCAGAGCCGACUUCAACCCCACACAAGAAACUCUGGAGCUCUACAAGGCCAAGCUGCUGCAGCACGUAGAGGAGAGGAUCAUCGGCUGUCUGGCUCAUCGCUGCUCCGUCAGCAUCCUCAGAGACAUCAAAGACGCCCAGAGACACAUGAACGACAGCGUCCGUCCUCUGCUGUCUCUGUCUGUCCAGGAGCAGCUCUCUGCUCCCUCCACCACCUUCGAGUUGACCUAUGACCUUGGCCUCGCUGCCCUGUGUGCAGACUUCAGAGAGAACAUAGAGUUCCAGUUCUCUUUGGGCUGGACGGCGCUCGUCACGCGUUUCCUCGGCGCCUACAACGCCAGACGAGCGCUGAGCGGCUCCGACCCCAGACUGCAGGAAGGCUCCAGCAUAAAGGAUGAGAUGGUGGUUUCCGUAGCAACAGGUCUUGUCUCUGUCACCUCCCGAGCAUCCAUGACGGUCCUGAUCAUCGGUGGGGUGGUGUGGCGUUCGGUGGGCUGGCGGGUCAUCGCUCUGUCUCUGUCGCUGUACGGUCUUCUCUACCUGUACGAGAAGUUCACCUGGACCAACGCCAGCAGGGAGCGCGUCCUGAAGCAGCAGUUCACCGACUACGUAGCUCACCGCCUGAGAGCCGUCAUCCCCGUCAGCAGCUCCGCCUGCAGCCAGCAGGUCUACAAGGAGCUGGCAGCGACCUUCAGCCGUCUGACUCAGCGUGUGGAUCUGAGUGAAGCAGAGUUGGAGGGAAACAUCCGUCAGCUGAGCUUCAGGAUCCAGCGGCUGGAAAACAUCCAGAGGAGAUCAAAGGCCUUCAGGAACCGAGCGACGGAGCUGGAGACGCAGCUGGAGGUCUUCUCUGUUCAGUACCUGCAGGGAAACUAACACAUGA